CUUGAGGGACCUGUGGGGCUUUGGAGGAGGUGGGAGCCUGGAAUCCAAUCCCACCCAGGAGUUUUGCAUAAAUAAAUAAAUCAUCGGCAGAGAAAGGGAGAGCAGAGGAGGUUGCUUUGGGAAGCCGUGCAGCCAGCAUAUCUGAGACAGAGAGAGGAGAGGAGAGGAGAGGAGAGGAGAGGGGAGAGUGUGUGUAUGUGUGUCAUAUUACAGAGAAGUCAGGAACAGCCACAGUACAACUCCCAAUCAUUUGAGAAUUACCUCUCUCUAAUGGGGACCUCCAUGCACAAUCUGUUGCCUGCUCUGCUAAGGAACUGAAAACUUAUCAAACAAAGAGGGAGGGAAGAAAAACAGAGACAACAAACAAGGCUGAAAGACAAACAACAACAACAACAACAACAACAACAGCCCUGAUCAGAUUGUUUCCCCUCCCCUCCCCCCAAAAAACUCCAAAACUUUUCUGGAGUUUGAUUUUUCCCCUUGGAAGGGGAAAGUUCGUUUCCCUUCUUCUCCUUUUGAUCCCUUUACAUUUUUGUUUGGUUUUGUUAGCUGUCUUUUUUUCCUUCUUCUUACUUCAGUGGCAUUUGGGAUUCCCUUGGACGGUGCUCUUUUCAUGCGUUCUGGAUUGUACUUCUGAGAGGAAGAUUGCAGCUUUAUUUAUACUAUAUUUAUUUAUUUAUUGCCUCUCAGGCCAGGGAAGGAAUGGUGGUGGAGGAGAAGGGCUGGAAGGGGGCUGCUCCUGGUGCCUUGGAGAGCGGCUGCCUCACACAUCCCAGGACAGGAGAUGGGGAAAGAUGCUGUAAGAUACCUCUUCUGCUGAGCUCUGGGCUGCCUGGAGUAUCUUUACUUUCUUUGGUGCUGAGCCUCCUGCUGUACUUCAGGACGUCGGACCUGCAAUCCAGGGUUUCAGAUUUGGAGGCAGACAGAUCCACUCCGCUGCCUGCCUGCCUCUCCGCAGACCAAAUGGAGACAGCUAUUUUGGGAAGAGUUGACCAACUGCUUGCUGAGAGAUUACAGUUCAACAUGCCAAGACAUCGGGAAGCUAGAGACAUCCACCAGCGAUGCAACUGUCCAGCAGGCCCCCCUGUAAGUACCAAAACCUACGUCUGUGUGUGUUGUGAAGAAUGCAUCUGGUGGUAAGGUGACUGGGCACUGGGGAAGAGGGAGGAACAUUCCUGAAACAUCAGAAAUUCUUAAUGGACAGAAAGGGCUUAACUGAUAAACUGCUGCUACUCCGAUUCACAAAAGAUUCAACUGCCUGUGCCACCUGCUCUUCCAUAUUUUUGGUACCUGAAUAUUUUGUUGUGGGAAGACUAGAAACAUUCCGAGACUCUCGCAAGCUUACUUAGAGAGCAAGUAUUUUAUGACAUAAAAAAAUCUCUGGGAGAUCCAGGGCAAAUAGUUAAGACGGGUGCAGUGAAAAUAAGAAAACUCUUACGGUACAUCGUCUCCGCUGAUCUCCUUGCAUCUCUCUCACUUUGCGUCCUUAAGAAAAUGCAGCAACUAACUAAUUUCUGAAAACACUAUAGUUUUAGAGACCCCAAGUGCUGCAAAACUGCUUGGUCCCAAUAGUGCCAGCAUGAAGUAGUCUGCCAUAAAAUGCAGUCAAUGAAAAAUGCAUUGGCCCAAAGUAUUUACAUCUGCCCAGGUAUCUGUUUAAUUCACACUGCUGCCAAAUAUCCAGCUGGCACGGAGCAUGGCAUGUUGCUGGGUGUGAUCCUGCUCUCCCUUACGUGUCUGUGAACAUGUAAGCAGGGAGGAUCAUGGGAACUCCUUUCUGAGUGAGGCCAUUGGUUGCUAUCUACUCUAACCAACAGGUUGUCCCCAGCCCUGCUACCUAAGCUUUUUUUAAACUGGAGAUGCUACGGAUUGGAAUAAGAUGUUCUGUAUACAACAUGUGCGCUCUAUCCACUGAGCUAUGGCCCCUUGUGAAACCAACCAAAAGUAAAUUUGGGAAAAAAGGAAAAUAUGCAUUCCUUUUACCUGGGGUCUGUGUACAGACUCUAGAAUAUUUGUCAUGAAGAUUGCUGUGUGAUUCCUAUUAGCUGUAUGUGGUAGAGGCUUAAAACAAUGAACACAACCUCACUGUAGGGUUGCCAGACUCAAUAGAGGACAGGACUUCUGUGCCUUUAAUUGCCCUGCUCUCUUUUGAGUCU